UUCGCCGGCAGCAUCCAGUGACAUCGCGGAGCUCGACGCGCGCGUAUCGUCUAUCGCGUGGGAGGAUCGAGUCCCGCGAUCCUUCGGAAAUCGCGAAUCCUCUCUGCUGGGUAACGAUAUCAGAAAUCUUAAACGCGUUAGGAGUAGUUUGUUUCGAGUGCGGAGAGACCGCGAGUGCGAGUUCUCGCUCCACCGUGACGUCGAUAUCCGAACGACGACGUCCUCCCCCGCCGCCAAGGGAUGGUGUUUAUCUCGCAGAGUGACGUUUAGGCGGUGUUGGCCAAUAAUAGAGAGAAAAAAAGAGCAGAGUCGUGCGUGAUUUUUUUUCGGCGGUGUGACUCGGCAGAUGCGUGGCACGAUGCGACACACGCUCGAGGACGAUGCGGCGAGGGGAUGGCUUCCAGGAUCCAGUGAAUAGUGGCGAGAGGGUCGCAAAUUGUCACGACCGCCGAUGACAGCUCGUGACACCACGUGUUCGCGACGGCAUUCGAAGACGAGGACGACGACGACAACGACGACGACGACGACGACGACGACGACGACGACGACGACGGCGACGGCAACGACAGGAGUGACGUUGGCGCCAGGACGAUCUGUCGCAGCGGUGCCGUGAUGCGUGUAACGUGUGUGCAAGCUGCAUCUGGCAGUGCGUUUUGAUCGAGUGUUAAAGGAUUGACGGCUCAGGGUAACAUCUGAGAAUCGAAUGAGACGCAAACAACGUUAGGAUGGUUCGAGGGUGAAAUCGACUAAGAGACGUUCGUCAGUAUGCUGCGGAUAUUGUUAGUGGUGACGUGCAUCGAGAUAUCGACGUUCGCCAGUGCACAGUCGAAAGGAACUACUUCUUUCGAUAACGAUGCGAACAGUGACGAACCUGAGCAUCCAAUACCCGUGGAGUCGAUACAGGGGGUGGCGGGUCAGAGGGCGAUUCUGCCGUGUAACAUACAGCCCCGCGAGUCGAAUGACGCUGUCUCCAUGGUGCUCUGGUUCAAAGAGGACAGCGGCGAACCUCUGUACAGUUACGACGCGAGAAGUCGACAGUUCGGAAAGGCGAAAUUGUGGAGUGCCGCGCAUUUUUGGGGCCACCGGGCGUCUUUUCGUGCAAGCCCGCCGGCGCAGCUGACAGUUCAGGACCUUCGACAAAGUGACGAGGGUGUCUACAGAUGCAGAGUCGACUUCCGAAACUCACCGACAAGAAACUUGAAAGUUAAUCUCACCGUUAUCAUGCCACCAGCGAAGCCGAUAAUCUAUGAUGCGAAGAGGCGAGACAUGAGUAAACUCCUCGAGGCUUACCCGGAGGGAGCUGACUUGUUCCUGGUCUGCGAAGUGCAUGGCGGUAAACCCAGACCGCAGGUCUCGUGGUAUCUGGAAUCACAAAACAUUCAUGCAUCUACCGAGGUUCGAGAGACGCAAGGACUAGGCGGCGAGACCAACGUCGUAACCAUCAGCAACGUGACUGUGAAAGCUCUCACGAGGAGGCAUCAUCACGCCAAGCUGUCCUGCCGAGCGAAUAACACUCAAUUAGCGCCACCACCUACCACCACCGUCGUCAUAGAGCUUAACAUGAAGCCGCUCAAGGUGGAGAUUUUGGGGAAGGACCAGAUCCUAUCGGCAGGGAAGACAUAUGACGUGAAAUGUCAGAGCACCGGCUCGAAGCCGCCGGCAGUUCUGACCUGGUGGAAAUCCUCGAAGCAGCUGAAGGGGCAGAAGAAAAACGACGGCGUGAGUCUGCAAUUCACGCCGACGGUGGAGGACGAGGGGAAGUUCCUGGUGUGUCGUGCCGAGAAUCCGAAGCUGCCGGAAGCCGGUAUCGAGGACCGAUGGAAGCUGAAAGUGCACUUUGCACCCAUCGCCAGCCUCAAAAUAGGUUCCACUUUGAACCCGAAGAACAUCAAGGAGGGCUCCGACGUUUACUUCGAGUGCAACGUUAGAGCGAAUCCCAGAUUGUACAAACUGACCUGGUUCCACGAGAAGGAGGAGCUGCAUCACAACGCCACUGCCGGGGUAGUUCUCUCAGAUCACUCGCUGGUGCUGCAGAGCAUAACUCGAGAAUCCGCCGGAGGAUACACCUGCAUGGCCGCGAACGUCGAGGGCCGCGCCAAGUCCAACGUAGUCAAUCUCGAAGUUAUGUUCGCGCCCGUUUGCAAGCACGUGCUGAACUCGGGCGGAGGCUGGAGGCAUCAGAACGCCACCCCGCCGCCGUUCAACAUGCCCGAAGAGGUGCACGGUGCCCUCAAGCACGAGACCAUAAGUUUAGUUUGCGAGGUCGAGGCCAGCCCCACCAACGUGACCUUCCAUUGGACCUUCAACAACAGCGGCGACCUCAGCGACGUUCCGUCCACCAAGUUCACCAACGAGGGCACAACCAGCAGGCUUAAUUACACCCCGUUAACCGAUAUGGAUUACGGGGUCCUGGGUUGCUGGGCCAGCAAUUCCGUCGGCCACUCCAAGCAACCCUGCCUCUAUCAAAUCAUCGCCGCAGGCAGACCUUACCCAUUGCAGAACUGUACGACCUACAAUCUGAACGGUUCCUGGGUGAGAAUAUCUUGCGUCGAGGGAUACGACGGUGGUCUACCACAGAAAUUCGUCGCCAUCGUGGGCAAACGACGUCUGGAAUCAUCGAUUCCUUCCUGGGAGUUUCAGAUGCUCAAACCGGCGAAGGUCGCCCUUUACGCGGUAAACGCGAAGGGUUCGAGCGACCCGUACGCCAUAGAGGUCGUCUUGAAAGGAGUAGCCAAGUUCACCGGCGAAUCGACGUCCUCGGUUGACAUGUCACCGAUCCUGAUUGGACUUGGUGGCACGGCAACCGGCCUGGGGUUAAUCGUGACCGGUGUGCUAAUGGCACUCUGGAGGAGGCACGCGGCCACCCCGGCGAAGCCGAAGCCGCCGCAGCAGCCUAGCAUCGCGACUUUCGCGGGGAAGGGCGAGGAGGAAGACGGCAACCCAGAUCUCAUACCCACGACGGCCUUGACCAAUCAUCUCACUGGUAAGCUUGCUCGAUGUGUCGAUAUACGAUUAAAGCACAGAUGGACUAAAGGGGAUUAA